AUGUACGGGUGUAAUAAGUUAUCAGAGCGGCGCGGCACGUACGUUGUCACCCCAGUUCGUCUGCGAAACACUUCGCAAACAACGCGCGUGAUCGAAGCCUCUCCUAUCGGCUUUCGUUACGCAUCUUUGGGGAGGCUGAUUUGCGACGGGACGCGGGCUAGGGACGUCUCCACUGGACCCGAAAGCGUUCUGCUUCGUUUCACUCCGCCGUAUUACUACUAUUCGCUCAGUGUUGUAAAGGUCAAAGGAUGUUCAUCGCAAAUCCUGAGGAUAUAUCCGAUGCAGAAACAGCAGACCGUCGCCGUGGGCAAGUCCGUGGUGCUGACUUGCCAGGCUGAAACUAUGGACCCCGCUCUAGUCACACAACCGCAAUGGAAAGACCCUAAGGGAUUUGUCAUUAAUGAAGCCGCCCCUGGAACAAGACCCGAAAUCUACACGGAAGCCAUCCCAGCGAAACAGUCACAACUGUUGUACAUAUCGUCUAUCACUCCCGCAAUGGCAGGCAAUUACACUUGUGUCGCGACCUACACCAACAUGCCGCUCAGCGCCAGCGUUAUUUUGGACACUUUCGUUGCUAUAACAUGGGUCAAUGCGAAUGAGAACCAAUUUGCCACUAAGGGAAAGGAUUUUAAAAUCAUGUGCGAAGUUACCGCCGAGCCUGCACCUACUGUUGACUGGUUUAAAGAAGGAACAACCAUUGUAACAUCCGAUAGGUAUGUUAUUCACGCGAAUGGGCUGUUAAUUAAAAAUGUUGAAGAAAGCGAUGAUGGAACUUAUACUUGUCGUGCGGUUGUAAUACAGACCGGUGAACUUGCUGAAAGGAACAUCAAAUUAGAGGUGUACACCGCUCCUGAAAUGGAAGAGCGUGAACCACGGGUCGAAAUUAAAGAAGGAGAAUCAGCAGCGAUUACGUGCAAAGCAAGAGGUAAACCACCUCCAACAUAUACUUGGAUAAAGGCAAAUACACGAGAGAAUUUGGCAACUACGUCAAGAUACAGCGUAAAUGACAAUACAGGCUUACUAACCAUUGAUAGAGUGGAAGCUGGCGAUUACGGAAAAUAUAUCUGUAGUGCUGUUAAUCAAGCCGGGCAAAAUGAAACGGAGAUUGAAGUGGAAGUCUUGGUACCACCUAAAAUAUUCGAGCUGUACAACACGACUGCUGCGGAAAAGAGUGACGGCCGGUUGGAGUGCAAGGCUACCGGUAGACCUGCUCCUCGUAUAACGUUCAGAAAACUAAGCAACAACGAACCAUUUUUAAAUGGACCAAACGACGAAGGAAGAAUUAUAGUCGAGAGUACCAGCCAUCAGACAGGUGAUCAAAUGCAAUCAACUGCCGCUAUUUCUAUAUUCAGACUGAACCGAACUGACGACGGAUUGUAUGAAUGUGUUGCUGAAAACGAGGGCGGACAAGCUAGAAAAAACGGUCAUUUAACAGUUCAAUUCAGGCCUUCAUUCGACCAUAUGUCUAACGUUCCAAUCUGGAGCUGGAACAGCCAACCGGUUAACAUUAGCUGCAUAGCGGAAAGUAUUCCCAACGCUACUAUUAAAUGGAAGUUUCACGAGUAUGAUUUGAUUGAAUCUCAACAUGUGAAGAUUUAUGGCUCUGGACCGAUUAGCUACGUUACUGUUAUUCCGGCUGAUCGUAGUUUGUAUGGAAUUUACAAAUGCAUUGCCACGAAUACACUCGGUGAAGCAGAACAUACCAUACAAUUAAGAGAAGCGUUCCCACCUGGCCCAGUUUUGCAGGUUAAACAAGAAACAAUUACAGCUACUUCGGUGUCAUUUAACAUUGUUGGACCAGCUGAAGACAUGAAUCCGCCAACGCUUGCUUUCACAGCUCAGUACAAAGAAAACGGAAAUUUCGACUGGAAUCUGGCUAUGAAUCGGACUUGGUCUGUCAAUUCACCGUACAUCGUCGAAAACCUUAUGCCUAUGUUCACAUAUGACUUUAGAUUUGCUGCUGUCAACCAAGUUGGAGCUGGUAGUUGGGGUGCUCCUAUAACAGUUGUCAUGCCCAGAAGGUCUCCACCGGAGCAACCAAAAUGGAGGGAGGCUAUAAGCUCAGAAUCCCUAAUUCACGGCAAAUUUGCAGAUAGAUUUGAACUGCAAUGGAAAAUUCCAGCCCAUAAUGGUGAACCCAUCGAUAUGUAUGAAGUUAGCUACUGCCUAGUAUUAAAAGUAAGCGGUGAAUGGAGAGUAGCCUCAGAUUCUGAAUGCGUUGUGGAAGAGCUAAAGUCGUAUGAGGCAAUCAGUUACGAGGUCCGAGGGUUGAAUCCUGACACCCGCUAUAGAAUGCAAGUCCGUGCUCACAACGUGUUGGGUUACUCCUUACCCGCUCAACUCUAUGUCCAGACUGCCCUCGGUGUGGAACGCUCUGGAUUUGCCCCACCCCAGCUCCUUUCAAGUGGCACGAUCAUUGGUGUGGCACUAGCCGGCGUAUUCAUCUGCCUCAUAAUUGUGGAUCUGUUGCUGUUUUGCUUCAGAAGGCAAGGCGUUAUCGCCACGAUUUGUGGGAAGCGGGCUAAAAAGCACAAGGAGGACGAGGCGAAAUUGGGAAGAGACGAGAAGGAGCCUCUAAAAGAUACGGGCGAAGACGCAAUAAAACGCAACUCGUCCGUCGAAUUCGACGGCCGUCGUGUUUACGCUACAAGUGGCACCAUCAUCGGCAAGAACUCCGCAGUC